AUGGACGAGCUCAUGGCGGCCCUCGUUGACGAGGUGGAAGACGUCGACGAAGAAACAUUCCACGUCUUCUUCCAGAACCACUCCUCUACGCAAGACCUGGGCAUGCUCGACCCGAGAGCAGAAGAAGUGGAGCUUGCUAUCAACGGAAGAGACUUCACCAUCAAGCAGUCACCGGGCGUCUUGCAGUCGAAGCGGGAAGGCGGCACGACGGGAGCGGCAGUCUGGCGAGCAUGUCUCGUGUUCGCAGAGUGGCUGGCGUGGGCGAAGAACCCUCUCUUCUCAUCCGACCUGCUUACUUCUGAGAGUGUUACCCUAGAGCUGGGGUCAGGCAUCUCUGGCGUCGUGCCCCUGAUUGCCAGCCCUCGCGUCGGCCGGGUGGUGGCAACAGACCAGCAGUACGCCCUUAAAUUGCUACAAGAGAAUAUCACCAACAACCUGCCUGCGGCCAGACCGAAGUCACCCAAAGGUCACACGAAACAGCAGCACGCCCCGCCGAGCAACAUCGAUGUCCUGGCACUCGACUGGGAGACCUCGGACAUUCCCGCCUUCCUCAGCACUCAAGGUCUACGAGAUGGUGUCGACGCUGUCCUGAUGUGCGACUGCAUCUACAACUACGCUCUAAUCAAGCCACUCGUUCAGACUUGUGUUGAGAUCUGCCGAGCUCGAUCUACUCGUCAGUCCAACAUUGAUGAAAAAUCAAAGCCGACGAUCUGCUUAAUCGCUCAGCAGCUUAGACAGCCCGACGUAUUUGAGCAAUGGCUGCAAGCCUUCAUGGCAUCCCUUCGUGUUUGGAGAGUGCCGGACGGGAUGCUUACGAAUGGACUGAAGGAGGGCAGUGGCUACGUCGUUCACGUUGGCCUUCUACGGGACAAGUGA